AUGUCGGACCAGACUAGCACGAUCACAGCAUACGACAGCAGAACGACUGAGAGUAGGACAAUCACGACUAGCGUGGCUGCCACCACGACGUUUUAUGGCACUACUGUGACCACCACCUCGACCGUCACAGAACCAACGAGUACAGCAUAUGUCUACACCAGCACCGCCACCACAGCCAGCACAAGUACUGUGACGGUCACUCCGACGGUGACGACGACUAUGACCACUCAAGCUCCGGAUGCUACAUCAGUCAUAUCUCAAUGCCUGGCUCCUGGUCUCAAGCAGCAGGACAAACGAGACCUGGUCGAGGAUCAUGGCCUAAUCAAGCGACAGUCUCCGUCUUCAUCUGUACCCAUCCCGAAUUGCUUCCUGAGAUCCUAUUCGACUACUUUAGGUGACGGCAGGUCUACCGUCACCACCUCUACGGCUGGUAAAAGCGAGCAGAGCGCCACCACAGUCACCAAGACACUUAGCCCCACGUCCACCACGUAUUCGCUCAUUGGUGCGGCCGCUUCUCCAACCUUCUACAUUGCCAACAUAGAUGUCACACGCGGACAGGUUCCCUCUGGCGUUCCCGUUUUCGACUAUGAUUGGCAUUGGUUAACCCAAGAUUACAACAAACAAGUCGCCGGCGGCAACGUACUCAAGUUCGUUCCAGGGCGUCAUACGCCGCCUUCCGGCACCGAGCGCUUCAUCUUCUAUGUCAACCCUAGUGGAACAUCACUCACAGGAACGCUGUACAAUCUACUUGGCAACAAGGUGGCCGGCGAGAAUCCGAUCGAAUACACCUACCCAAACGGGACCAAAUAUCGAUAUUACGAAGUCGCCCUCUUCAACGCACAAGCGCCUGCUACCCUAUCUAUCCCUACCGUGGCGUGCAGGUAUUCGGGUGCACGAUUCAGUUUGUGUCCGAUGCGGUGUUGGUGGACUGGUGAUGGAAACGAGACGACCAGCAACAGUGUUAGUCAGGGCUCUAUCAACGGCCCGUGGUAUCUUGCGAAGCCCGGACAAGUCAGUCAAUCUACUUAUCCUCUUUAUGCGAUCAAUUGA